GCUGCCUCCCCGGCCGCGAGGAGUAGUUAGCGCCACCGUCCGCGCUCGGGGCUCGCGGCGCGCUCGCCAGCUACUGGGGCGGCGAGUUUUCUUUGCUCCGGCCCCUCCUCCCGCCCUCCCCGCGGAGAGCCGAGCGGCAGCCUAAGAGCCUCUAGCAAGUCUCUCUCACACUUCCCCGCCGUCGCCCCAGAGGAGUGGCAGCUCUUCCUCGCGCCUCCACCGCCACCGCGGCGCCCCGCAGAGCUCCUCUCCCGCGCAGCGCUCCCCCGAUGGAGCCCGGGCGCCGCCGCCGCCGCCGCUGCCCCGAGCCCUGAACCCGGCCGCCCCGGCCGGAGGAACGUGCCGCCCGGCCCGAGGGCGCAUCAGGCGCAUGCUGAGGCCGGGGGCCUCCGGGAGUGUCGGUCGCGGGUUUCGGGAAGGAGAAAGUGCUGCUCUCCAGGGUCAUUUGGCCGGCAGCGGGGGGACCAUGGCUUUGAAGGACACGGGCAGCGGCGGCAGCACCAUCCUACCCAUUAGCGAGAUGGUCUCCUCGUCCAGCUCGCCCGGCGCGUCGGCAGCCGCCGCCUCCGGGCCCUGCGCGCCCUCGCCCUUCCCCGAGGUGGUGGAGCUGAACGUGGGAGGCCAGGUCUAUGUGACCAAGCACUCGACGCUGCUCAGCGUCCCGGACAGCACUCUGGCCAGUAUGUUCUCGCCCUCCAGCCCCCGGGGCGGCGCCCGACGCCGGGGCGAGCUGCCCAGGGACAGCCGGGCGCGCUUCUUCAUCGACCGGGACGGCUUCCUCUUCAGGUACGUGCUGGAUUACCUGCGGGACAAGCAGCUGGCGCUGCCGGAGCACUUCCCCGAGAAGGAGCGGCUCCUGCGCGAGGCCGAGUACUUCCAGCUCACCGACCUGGUCAAGCUGCUGUCGCCCAAGGUCACCAAGCAGAACUCGCUCAACGACGAGGGCUGCCAGAGCGACCUGGAGGACAACGUCUCGCAGGGCAGCAGCGACGCGCUCCUCACGCUCGGCUACCGCGGCUCCUACACCACGGUGCGCGACAACCAAGCGGACGCCAAGUUCCGGCGUGUGGCGCGCAUCAUGGUGUGCGGACGCAUCGCGCUGGCCAAGGAGGUUUUCGGAGACACGCUCAACGAGAGCCGCGACCCUGACCGGCCGCCGGAGAAGUACACGUCCCGCUUCUACCUCAAGUUCACCUACUUGGAGCAGGCGUUCGAUCGCCUGUCCGAGGCCGGCUUCCACAUGGUGGCGUGUAACUCCUCGGGCACCGCCGCCUUCAUCCACCAGUACCGCGACGACAAGAUCUGGAGCAGCUACACCGAGUACAUCUUCUUCAGACCACCUCACAAAAUAGUGUCACCUAAACAAGAGCAUGAAGACAGGAAACAUGACAAAGUCACAGAUAAAGGAAGUGAAAGCGGGACUUCCUGUAAUGAGCUGUCCACUUCCAGUUGUGACAGCCACUCAGAGGCGAGCACACCCCAGGAAAACCCCCCCAGCGCCCAGCAGGCAACAGCUCACCAACCUAACACCUUAACGUUGGAUCGUCCUUCCAAAAAAGCACCUGUGCAGUGGAUGCCCCCACCCGACAAACGCAGAAACAGCGAACUCUUUCAGACACUCAUCAGCAAGUCCCGGGAAACAAAUCUUUCCAAAAAGAAAGUCUGUGAGAAGCUGAGUGUGGAAGAAGAAAUGAAAAAGUGUAUUCAGGAUUUUAAAAAAAUCCACAUUCCAGAUUAUUUUCCAGAGCGCAAACGCCAGUGGCAAUCUGAACUGUUACAGAAGUAUGGGUUAUAGUAAUUAUCUCCUUCCUGCAGUAUUUCAAUGACAUUCAAUGUUUACUAUGGUGUCACCACCUGACUGUGUACUAACAAUGGUCAGUGUGAUUCUUGCUGCUCUUCCUUUUUUGUGAACAGUGGAUGUGGGACGGUAUUUUCUUUCAUUCUUUCUGUUGUUGUUUUUAGAAAUAUGGUUUUAAAAAACAGAAAACUAAUAAAUGUUGAAUCAAGUGGUGUAUCUGAUUCAAACUAUUUCACAAGAAUGAAAGUAAAAUGUGCAUGACCAAGAAGCUUAGAAUCUUGAUUUUUGAAUUGUGGUCAACUGGAUAUGUUUGUCAUUUUGUAACUCACCAAAAACAAAUCAUCGUAUCACUCCAAAUAAAGUAACGAUAUGGAUGAAGCAACAUCAAGUAAAAUGUUAGAUGAUGGUUUUGGGACCCAAACCCAAAACUGUUUAAAUGUUAAUGCAAUAAAACAAGUACUAUUUUUGCAUGAGCACAAAUGUUACAAAUAAAUCACAAGACUUAGGGAAUAUCUGUUUGUUGCUUGGAAAGAAAAAAAAAAAUACCAAAAAAAUUUUUUUAAAAGGUUCAGGCAAAGCCUAUAAAUGUAAGUUGUCUAGGUUGAAUUUUAUUUGUUCCGGAUCUGUGAUUUUUUUGUGUAUGUGUAUGGUGUUCUGUAUGUUAAGAUGGUGUAAAUAUGCCUUAUAAUCUUGUGUUAUGGCACUGACAUUCAUCUAUUACUGCUAGUCAUUAUUAUUUCUGUGAAAUGAGUCCUUACAUCAGGCUGUGAAAAUUGGUAUAAUGAUGCUCUGAAAGAUCUUAUUAUCAUGUUAAGCAAAAUAAUUGAGGGAAAUGAUAA